CCCAGCGAAGGCAGCUCUUGUUAGAAAUGCCACAUGUACAAUCGUUCGCAAUAAGAAACUCUUAAAUGACAGUAUUCCUGACGACGAACUUGAGCAUCAUAUCAAGUCAGUGAAAUGUAAAAUAGUGACUGAAGGAGGCCUGAAAUAUGAAAUCCGAGAUGAAGACAAGAUUGCUGUGUAUACCCCAGAAGGAGCCAUGACGUGCAUUUACAAAAAGCUGUUUGGCUUUGCUUCCACAUGUGUACCUCCAGAUACAGAUCUGCGCACAGUCCUGUGUGUCCCCUUAAAUUUUUCAAAGUGUAGUCGCCAGGCACUGGCACAUGCUGCGGAAGAUGCAGGAUUCGAUGUUCUGCAAGUAAUUAGUGAACCUAUAGCAGCCUUGCUUGCUCAAGGCUAUGGUGUUGAGUCCCCAGAUGAGAGAGGGAUGUGCCUCGUUUAUCGCCUGGGGGGAGCUACAAUGGAUGUUACAGUUGUAUUGUGCUGUGCAGGAAUGUACACAGUGAAAGGCCAUGUGUAUAAAGCAAACUUCGGAGGGGACAAGUUCACAGAAAUACUUGCCAACUUCCUCGCCGAAGUAUUUCACCAGUGA